UGGCAGAGGGUGGGGAGGAUAUAGCCCAGCCUCAGCCUUCAAGUUUAUCUGGUUAACUAAGAAAAUUAGAAACUGUCAUGCAAAUACAACACAUGACACUUUUAUCAUCCAUUUACUGAGACCUUUCAACCCACUUUAACCAGCCCUGACGACAUCAGUUGUUCACUGGAAAGAGGGCCCAUGGAUUUGCUGCGUGAAUUCUUGUGGUUGUGGGUGGUCAUUGUGGUUAUUUUCGCGUGGAUUGUAAUCACCCUCAUCUUCAUCUUCAUCAACAAGUGCAUAUCAAGAGCAGGAAAACACAGAAUCUUACAGUUUCCCAGGCCAUCUUCGGACUUCACUGUCAAGAGCAACUUCUACCAGGAGAGAAACCUUGAAGGGAAGACCCCACCGUUACCUUCUCGGUCACAGUUUCUCACAGCAGAGGCCCAAAGCUAUGAGAACCUGGCUGAGGGUGUUGUGCAGAACUUCUCCGACUACGAGCAGUGCACCCCCGACUACGUUCAGGGUGUCCCAGACUACGAGCAGAGCAUCCCCGACUACGUUCAGGGUGUCCCAGACUACGAGCAGAGCAUCCCUGACUACGUUCAGGGUGUCCCAGACUACGAGCAGAGCAUCCCUGACUACGUUCAGGGUGUCCCAGACUACGAGCAGAGCAUCCCCGACUACGUUCAGGGUGUCCCAGACUACGAGCAGAGCAUCCCCGACUACGUUCAGGGUGUCCCAGACUACGAGCAGAGCAUCCCUGACUACGUUCAGGGUGUCCCAGACUACGAGCAGAGCAUCCCUGACUACGUUCAAGGUGUCCCAGACUACGAGCAGAGCAUCCCUGACUACGUUCAAGGUGUCCCAGACUACGAGCAGAGCAUCCCUGACUACGUUCAGGGUGUCCCAGACUACGAGCAGGACAAACUGUCUGACUAUCUGAAGGUGGAGGACGACGGUGAGCCUCUGCCUCCUCCUCCUCCACCGUUCCAGGAUCCAGAUCCAGCAGCAGACAACUCCUCCAUGGAUGACUACGAUGACAUUGGAGGUGAAGAGGACAACGAUGGUGAAGAGGACUACGACGAUGUGGGCUAAGACGAAAACAGAACAGGAAAGAGGUUAAUGUACAAAAGACACUUUUGACUCUCAUAUCUGGAUCCUGCUGAGCAGAAAGAACAAAUGUUACUCUUGCUGGUUCUAGUUUUUGAUGUUAUACAUAAGAACUAAAAUAAGUGAAUUUAUCUGUAUUUAUGUGUAUUUUAAAGUACAAAGAAGGGCCCUGAAGAGGCAGAAAAUUGCAGGAAAUAUAAGUACUAUUCAGACAGCAGGGGCAGAAAUGUUUGAUUUUACUUAUAUAACUUUAAUAAACAUUACAAGCCUCAAACUGUUUAUUUUAAUGUUAUUUUGGUGGUUGUUAUCAACAAUCAACUAGCAGUUAUAUGACAUAUCUUGCAUAGUUACAUUAUUGUUUAUAUUGACAACAUGUGCGACUAACUGAUCUAUAUACUGUAUAUAUAUAUAUAUAUAUAUAUAUA